GUGAUCUCAUGUGGAUGGGACGAGUGCUGGCUGUGGCACAUCGCCCCACUCCCCCUUGGCCCCCAACCCCAGGAAGGGAGGCACCGUGGGUGCUUGAACACCGUGGGUGUUACCCCAGGGAUUUGCUGUUACCUGCUCCUUGGCAGCUUCCUUCUUGGGGUGUUUUGAGAGGUUGUCUCUUGCACUGCAUCAGACGGAGGAGUCUAGAGUUCUGUCACAUCUUGCGUAAGCAGUAGCACGCUGGCAAGAUUGUCACUUAGAAGAAGUGCCUAUGUGUCCAUGGAAAUGGCAACAUGAGGUGGUGUGCCUCCGCAUACUCAUCUUUCCAGAACUGCCUGUGGCAAUGCUGGCCACGGGUCGUGGGCAGGGCGGCUCCCAGCAGAACCAGACCGGGAUGAGCUCGGUUGGUGUGGGAGUAGGCUGUGUACAUGUGCAAAGGAGAGAGACAAACAGACGGCUCACAGAAGUCCUGCUACAGAAACCGCAGGCCGCACAGAUGACGGUGGGCUGGCAGUGGUUUCCUUUCUUGGGGUAUAGGCUCUUCUCGCUGGCCCAACCCCCCAACCCAGCAGAUGGGGUCUUCUGUUGGGGCCAUGUCUGGGCCCACUGGGUUCCCCUGUGUGUGACUGUGAUGGGGUUGGGUUCUCUGGGGCGGGGAGGGGGGUGUCUGGUUAUGGAACUUUUUGAAGAAAAGACCUUUUCUGUGGUUAGUCGAACACCAAGCCCUCACGUUCCCCCCUGCCCUGUCGGUCCCAGUGAGCUGCAGACAGGCUCCCUGGUGCAUGUGUCUGGUGUUGGUCUGUCUUGGUAGCCCCUUGGGGCUGCUGCUUUAGUAUCUCUAGUUUGUUGUGUCUGGACUGGGAGGCACAGACGUUACUGGUUGUAUUUUUGGUUGUACUUCUUUUCUGAGGAUUGUGGAGCUGAGUUCCCGCCGAUGACUGGAGCAUCCGGCAGCGCGUGUGCGUGUGGCCUUCAGGCACUCCCUCCUGCUGUGCAUUCUGGGGGAGCCCAGAGGUGCUUCGCUGAACACUGUCUGUUGCGGAUGGACCAUUGUCCAGUUUGUUUGGGUUUAGUUACAGGCUGGGCUCUGGCUGCUCUGUGCUUCUGUCUCUGCAGUUCAGGGAAACUGAGAAAUGUGUUCAAAGUGGGAUAGUGAGGCAGGACAGAGGGGUGGAGGGGCAAGAGGAGAGCACAGGGAUGGGGGAGGGACCGCAGGGACCGUCGGUGCAGUCAUCACAGUGGGUGCUGUGUGUGCGUGUCCCCCACCUGAGAGGUCUCUAUCCUGGAGCUCUCGCUUUCCCGACCCCUGAGUGCUACCUUGACCCUUAGUUCUCCAGUGGAAUCCCAGUGUAACACUGUGUCCCACAUGCAGCUCCUACCACCGUGGCUGGACGUGCCUCGUGGUAUACAUGUCACAGAACAAGCACACAGAAGCGCGGGAGCUCAUGUGCUCGGGGGCGCUGCUGUUCUUCAGCCACGGCCAGCAAAACAGUGCUGCAGACUUGUCCAUGCUGGUAUUAGAGUCGCUGGAGAAGGCGGAAGUCGAGGUGGCGGAUGAGCUGCUGGAAAAUCUGGCCAAACUGUUCAGUUUGAUGGACCCCAAUUCCCCAGAGCGAGUGGCUUUUGUGUCUCGAGCCCUGAAGUGGUCCAGUGGAGGAUCUGGGAAGCUGGGCCACCCCCGGCUCCACCAGCUGCUGGCCCUCACGCUGUGGAAAGAGCAGAACUAUUGUGAGUCCCGGUACCACUUCCUGCACUCUGCGGACGGCGAGGGCUGUGCCCACAUGCUGGUGGAGUACUCGACCUCCAGGGGCUUCCGCAGCGAGGUGGACAUGUUCGUGGCCCAGGCCGUGCUGCAGUUUCUCUGUUUAAAGAACAAAAGCAGCGCGUCGGUGGUGUUCACAACGUACACACAGAAGCACCCGUCCAUCGAGCACGGCCCUCCGUUCGUGCAGCCUCUGCUCAACUUCAUCUGGUUCCUGCUGCUGGCUGUGGACGGGGGCAAACUGACAGUGUUCACAGUGCUGUGCGAGCAGUACCAGCCGUCCCUGCGGCGGGACCCGAUGUACAACGAGUACCUCGACAGGAUAGGACAGCUGUUCUUCGGUGUGCCGCCCAAGCAGACGUCUUCCUACGGGGGCUUGCUAGGGAAUCUUCUGAGCAGCCUCAUGGGCGCCUCGGAGCAGGAGGGCGAGGACAGUCAGGACGACAGCAGCCCCAUUGAGCUCGACUGAGCCCGCCCGCCCGGCCUGCAUGAAGACGCCCUCGUCCCCGGGGCUCCCGCCGUGAGGCUCCCGCCACGGGGCUCCCGCCGUGGGGUCCCGCCUGAGGCGGCGGGGGCCACGUGGGCCUCGGCGCCGGCCCGGGGCUGCGGGGCCUGCGGCGGCCGUGCUGGGCCGCCCUGCACCCCCAGACUGACCCACAAUAAAGCACGGGCCUUGCUGCGCUACCAUCCUCUUUCCCUGUCCUUUGUGUCUGGUUUGCUUGGGGAGGCGACCUGGUGUCUGGCACGUGCCGCGGGCCCGACCCUGUCGCAGGUGGCGUGGGGGGCGGCCGCCGUCCCACCAGCCCUGCACAGAUGUCCCGUGGGGUCCCAGAGAGCGUCUGGGUGGCUGCUCCAGGCCACACUGAGGCCACGGCUCCUUGGGGCAGCUCUUACAGCGGGAGCAGGAGCCUUUCCACGUUUCGGGACGUGGUAUUUAUUUUCACUGGGUGAUGGAUUCCUUUGACCUGGCGUGGUAGAUGUUAACCUUGUGACCAGUCCAGGAGCGAGCAGAUGUGCCCUUUCCCACUGACGCUGUACCAGAUGUUCGCAGAGCAAUGACGAGAGGGGAAACACUUUAUUUUUUCACAAUUAAAGUAAGAGUUGUAGAUUAAUACACAGUGAUCAUGCAUGGGAAGGAGUGAGAUAUACACUCUCGUUGACUGUAAAAUGGAAUUUAAACGAAGGUUUGUGUUACUUGUUGAGUUGAAAUAAAUCCUUUAUACUGGG